UUAAAAAAUCAAACAUGCCUGGACUAACAAUCGGUGAUAUCAUACCCAACUUGGAAGUAGAAACAACCAAAGGCAAAUUCAAGAUCCAUGACUUCAUCGGAGAAAAUUGGAUCCUUCUCUUUUCUCACCCAGGUGAUUUCACCCCAGUUUGCACAACCGAACUAGGAAUGAUGGCCAAAUACUCCAAACAAUUCAUUGAAAAGGGAGUAAAACUUCUAGGUCUAUCCUGUGAUGACUUAACAUCCCAUAUGGAAUGGAUCAAAGACAUAGAAUCAAACAAUGGAGGACAUAAAGUUGAUUAUCCAAUCAUAGGUGAUUCAAAAAGAGAAAUAAUCAAACAACUUAACAUGGUUGAUCCAGAUGAGAAAGAUGGUAAAGGAAAUAACAUGCCAUCUCGUGCUCUUCAUAUAAUUGGACCAGAUAAGAAGAUAAAACUGAGUUUCUUGUAUCCAGCUACAACUGGUAGGAACAUGGAUGAGGUUUUGAGGGUGGUUGAGUCUUUACAGAAGGCUAGAAAGUAUAAUAAUAAGGUGGCUACACCGGUUAAUUGGAAUCCAGGUGAGAAAGUGGUUAUAGCUCCUAGUGUUACUGAUGAAGAUGCUAGGAAGAUGUUUCCACAAGGGUUUCAAACUGUUGAUCUUCCUUCUAAUAAGAAAUAUCUGCGAUAUGCACAAGUUUGA